AUGCCCCACCUCCUCGACCUCCCCAACGAGCUCCUCCUCCUAAUCUCCACGCACCUCCCCCCACGCAGCUUCAGCGCCCUCCUGCGCACAAACCAGCAACUGCACGCCCUCUUCGCCCCAACCCUCCCGCAAUUCAUCCUCCACGGGAUCCGCACCGUCAACCUAGCGCCCGAAGGCGCCUCCGAGCCCUACCACAAGCUCUACUGGGCCUCCCUCCGCGGGCACCUCAAGCCGCUGCAAAUGCUGCUUGAAACACGCCGUCUCAACGUCAACGCGCACACGCACCGCUACUCGGUCCUCGGGUUCCAGCAGCGGGCGCAGCAGCACACGGUGACGGCGCUACACCUAGCAGCCGUGGGCGGGUGCGUGGAGGUGGUCAGGCUGCUGCUGGACCACGGCGCGGAGGUGGAUGCGCGGGAGACGCGCGGGGGUAAGACGGCGCUGCUGCUGGCGGCCGAGAACGCGAAUGAGCGGGUGGCGGAGAUGCUGGUGCGACGCGGCGCGGAUGUAAAUGCGAAGACGGAUCGUGGCGGGGUUUUAGAUUCGGCGAUUUUGGGUGGGAGGUGGGAGCUGGCGCGGAUGCUGGUGGAGAGGGGGGCGAAGUCGGCGUAUAUGGGGGUUUAUAGGCGGCAUAUGGAGGCGGUGCAGAGGGAGAGGGGAGCGCUGUAUGGUAUUGGGAAGGAGCUGACGACGGUGUUGGGGUUUUGGGGGUUCUUGGUGGGGGUGGGGAGAGGGUAG